AUGGCUGCUGCUGCUGAAUCACCUUUAUCGGAUACAUUAGAUGAUUUAUUAUUUAAUGAAGAUGAGAAUACACAUUCAGAUGAUGAUGAUAAUUCAUCAACACUUGUGACAAAUCUUUCAUCUGAUAAUGGAUUAAAAUUAAAAAUAAAAAAACGUAAACAUGAACAAUCAUCAGAUACUAAAAUACAUAAAAAGAAGAAAAAAUCGAAAACACAACCAACAUAUAUGCGUCGAAAUAUUCGAAAUUUAUUAACAAAUGAUAAAUUACAAGGUGAUACAUUAUCAGCACUUAAAGCUGAACAAGAUCGUCUUAAAAGACUUGAAGAAACUAAUCAACAACUUCAUGCAAUGUACAAUAAUAAUAAUAAUAAUAUGCCAAUAAAUUUUAUUCCAUCAUCAACAUUACCAAAAUCGAAUGAACAUGAAUGUAUUGUUUUAGACGAUGAUGAUGAUGAUGACAAUGAUGAAGAAACAUUAGAACCAAAAAUUGAUCCAGAAGAUAAUAUUCCUAUUAAAGAACCCAUCGAUACUAAUGAAGACAGUAAUGAUUCAGAUGUACAAUGUGUUGAUAGUGAUACUGAAACGAUUAAUGAUAAACUAACACAAAAAUUACAGAGAUUACAUCUCGAUGAUCGAGUUAAUGUACCAGAUGAGAAUGGCAAUAUUUUGAUUAAUAUGAAUCAUCCUAGUGAGGAUCCUGAUUUGUACAUGGCAAAACAUCUUUGUCCUGAUCUUAAACCACAUCAAAUUGGUGGCAUACGUUUUAUGUAUGAUAAUAUUGUUGAAUCUCUUCAACGUUUUCAAACAACAGCUGGACUUGGUUGUAUACUUGCACAUUCCAUGGGUUGUGGAAAAACUCUUCAAGUCAUUACAUUUAUUGAUAUAUUAUUACAAUAUACAACAGCAAAAUUAGUUCUUAUUGUUGUACCAAUAAAUACGAUACAAAAUUGGUUAAGUGAAUUUAAUCGUUGGUGUCCAGUUGAUAAUCCUAAUCUUGAAUAUAAGCGUUUAUUUAAAUUGUAUAUAUUGAAUGACACAUCAAAAAAAUUAACACAACGUACAAAACUUGUACAAAAUUGGUCGGAAACAGGUGGAGUACUUAUUCUUGGUUAUGAAAUGUUUCGUUUAUUGGUAACUAAAAAACCAACUCAAACAAAUACAUCAACAAAAACAAAUAAUGCAAAUAAAUCAAUUAUAUCUAGGCCGAUAACACCUGUUAUUGUUGAUCUUGAAGAAGAAGAGAAAAAUUUCGAAACAAUGGAAGAUAUACGAAAUGCAUUACUCAAUCCGGAUCUAGUCAUUUGCGAUGAAGGUCAUCGAAUUAAAAAUCAUCAAGCUGGUGUUGCUAUUGCUUUAAAAUCUAUUCGAACACAUCGUCGAAUUGUUCUAACAGGUUAUCCUCUUCAAAAUAAUCUAAUCGAAUAUUGGUGUAUGGUUGAUUUUGUUCGCCCAAAUUAUCUUGGUAGUAAACUUGAAUUUUGUAAUAUGUUUGAACGUCCUAUUCUUAAUGGUCAGUGUAUUGAUUCAACUGUUGAAGAUAGAAAAAUAAUGCGUGCUCGUGCACAUGUUUUACAUAGUUUAUUAGAAGGUUUCAUACAAAGACGUGGUCAUGAUGUUCUUCAAACAGAUUUACCACCUAAAACUGAAUUUGUUAUUUUAUUGAAAUUAUCAAAUAUUCAAAGACAAUUAUAUAUGAGAUUUCUUGAUGCUGUUGGUGCUUUAUCAAAUACAUCAGAGAAAACUUUAAAUCCAUUGCGAGCAUUUGCUAUUUGUUGCAAAAUAUGGAAUCAUGCAGAUGUUUUGUAUAAAUUUGUACGUGAUCGUCAGGAAGGUUCAGAAGUUGAUUUAGAUUUUGAACUUGAACAAAAUUCAACAAAUAAAACAAAAUUAAAUAAACGUUUAACUCCAAAUAAUCGUGCAUCACCACAAGUUCCGAAUCCUUAUGAACUACAAACAACCAUAGGAUAUGGAUUAGAAAAAAAAGAAUUCGAUUAUGAUUUUGCAAAUUCUAUAUUAAAUUCAUACAUUUGUGGUCAAUUAAUAAAUGGAAUUAAAUUUCAAGUGACAUUAACAAUGUUAGAUUUAUGUAUAGAAGUCGAUAACAAAGUUUUGAUUUUCAGUCAAAGUUUAUUAUCAUUAAAUAAACUUGAAGAAUUUCUUAGUCAACGUUAUAUACCAAAUACAAAGGAAAAAUGGGAAAAAAAUAUUAAUUAUUAUAGACUCGAUGGUGGUACAAAUAGUCUUGAACGUGAAAGACUUAUUAAUGCAUUUAAUGCACCAAAUUCUAAUGCCAAAUUAUUCUUACUUUCUACUCGAGCGGGUUGUCUUGGUAUAAAUUUAAUUGCAGCUAAUCGAGUUAUUGUAAUGGAUGUUUCAUGGAAUCCAUGUCUUGAUGCUCAAGCUGUUUGUCGUGUUUAUCGUUAUGGACAGAAACGACAUUGUUAUAUAUAUCGAUUAAUAGCUGAUUUUACUAUGGAAAAACGUAUUUAUGAUAGACAAAUAGCUAAACAAGGAAUGUCUGAUCGUGUUGUUGAUGAAAUGCAACCACAAAAUCAAUUUACAAGAAAUGAAGUCGAAAAUUUAAUACAUUUUGCGACUGAAGAAGAAUUACCUGCUGCAGAUCUCGUAGAAAAAAUUGAUGAAGUAACAACAGAUGAAGUGUUAAGAAAAACUUCUAAACAAUAUUCUCAAUCAAUAACAAAAAUUCCAUUUACACAUGAAUCUCUUCUUUGUGAUCGUAAAGAAUAUCAAUUAACAUCAGCAGAAAAACGACGUGCAGAAAAAGAAUAUCAUGAUGAAAAACGAAUGAAUGCAUUUUCCUAUCGUCCAAGAUUUCAUCCAUCUCGAUCUUAUUCUCGUUUACUUACUGAUCAAGAACCACGUUCAUUUAUUCAUCCUUCACCAUCAACAUCAUCUCUUGAUUCUAGUUAUCCUUUAUAUCAACCAUUACGAUCAACAGCAUCAAUGACACCAUUACCACCUUACCAUGUACAACAACAAACAACAGAUAGAAAAUUAGAACAAUUAAAACAACAUGGAAUAUCAGUACAACAAGUUGUACUUCAAAAUCCUUUGGAAGUUCAAUUGAAUGCCACAGAACGUGAACGUAUUCCAGCUGGUGUACGUAUUCAUCUUAUAAAAGGAUCUCGUGGUUCAUAUAUUCGAGCACCCGAUGGUAAAUUUUUUGCUAUUCGUCCAUCAUUAUCAUUAUCGGAAAAUCACCCAAAACGAUCCGCAAUGCCUCCACCACCACCACCAUCAUUAUCAUUAUCAUCCAAUCCAUUAGAUCAAUUUUUAUUUAAUUCAUCACCUAUACAACCGUCAACUUCAUCAUUAAUGAAUGAUAUAAAUAAUUUAAAUGAUGAAAUUGAUCUAUUAGUUGAUGAUACAUCAUCAAAUCCUCCGUCAUCAUCAUCAUCUGCAUUCGAUGAUCUAUCAUCAUGGCAAAAUGAUUAUUUUCAACGACAAAAUUUUUAUCCAGAUUUUUUUCCUAAUGGUUCAACAUUAUCAAUGUUAUCGCCAUCAACAAAUAUUGACACUGAUAACAGUACGAAUAGUUUCACGUCAAAUCCUUUAACAUUUAUGUAA